UGAUAUUUCUGACAACCCUUCUUCCACCGUUACUAUUCCUCUCCGGACAGGCGUUGGCCGCCGUGGUUCAGAACGGCACAGCGUGCACUGUCACUCCGUUAUCCCCAACACCGGUUCCUGUUGGAGGUCGCCCUCCGGACGAUACGCCUCAGUUCCUUGACGCAUUCAGACGUUGUGGGACUACCAGCUCGGGGGGCAGCAUUGCAUUCACCGAAGGCGACUUCUACCUCGGGCAAGUCAUGGAUGUCAUCAACCUUCAGAACGUCGACAUAUCGAUUUAUGGAAGACUCACCUGGAGCACCGAAAUCCAAUACUGGCUCUCACGUAGUAUCCCAGUCACCUACGCGCAGCGCUCGACAGCUUGGCGCUUGGGCGGCACCAAUAUCACAAUGCGUGGUCAUGGAAAGGGCCUCUUCUUCGGCAAUGGCCAACUCUGGUACGACCAGAAUCGCAACCAAGGGAACCAGAUGGGCCGCCCCAUCUCGCUGACUAUUUGGCGCGCGACGAACGUUUUUAUUGAUGGAAUCACGUGGAGGCAGCCACAGUUCUGGUAAG